AUGGGAUCGAUCAAAUUGGGAGAAAAUGUGCAAGGAAAAGCUCGGGAGGAGUUGGGAGAUGGCUUGAGGGCAAAGAAGGGCAAUGAUUGGGACGAGUUAGAGUCGCUUUUGGAGGAUAUUGAUGAGGAGAAACACCGGAAAUCGAAGGAGCAAGAGGCCACAAAGACCCCAAUCACAGGAGAAGAAAAUAUUUCUUUUCUAUAUCCAGAUCUUUUUCGGGAUAAAAGUCGAAUUUCAGCCGACGUGAAGAGCCCUUGUGAGGACUGGUGUGUGCGGAUGGGGAAAGGAAUGCGCUUAUCGACAAGAAGGGCGAGCCUCACCUGUGAGUGCGUUGCCAAGUGCCCUGAGCUUGACGGAGAUCCCAUGGGACAAGGUGGCGCCAACAACAGAGACUUUCGUUUCGCUGUGCGAUCUGUACCGCGAGCGGUGCUUGUGCAAGAGAAAGAGCUCAAUAAUGUGCCAAGCAUGGGUGAUGCGCGAGUUGAAGAAACGCCGGGAGUUGCACGCUCGAGUGGGAGGAAAUUGUUGCGGGAAGCUGAGAGUGACGAUGAGAAGAAACACGUCUACCCAGUCAUCUGGAAAUUCUGCGAUUUGGAUGGGAAGCCACAGGAUAAGGAAGUCUCCCACCAAGAGUUGAUCCCAAUCACGCUCCAGUCAUCCCACGGGAAACUGCAUCAAGCCGUUCUUGGAGGGAUG